AUGCUGCCCCGGUUUAGCGGCUCUCGCAAUACGGCUUCGACUUCGGCGGGUGGAGCUAUGAAGCAAAAACCCGAAACGCCCCGCUCGCCGCUGAUGAGCGUCGCCCAUUCGGUGAGGAGCAAGUUGAGUAAGCUGGGGCGGCUGGGACGAAGCCACGACAGUGCCACGUCGUCUUCGAUCAAGGGAAGCCGGAGUAUGAGCAGCAUGCGGCCAGCCGCGCCGCGCCGCGCCGACAGCGACACCAGCUACAAAAUGGCGAAAAGCCACUCGAUGGAGGCGGGCAGUUCGAAGGAAUCCAAGCUGCGACCGCCACAAAAGAUAACGCUACUCCGGGGAAGUCCCUCGAGGGAAGAGGUGACCCUAGAAGAGGUGGAGAAGCAGCGGGAGGAGCUCGAGAAGCCCCACGACAAUGUAGAGGAGCCCCCAAUGCUUGAGGAGAACAUCAAGAAGCAGAUUGCCAUCACACAACCCACCUUCCGCCACGCGCACACAUCCAUUGUUCUACGGGACCCGACCUCGACCACGUCGACGAUAUUGGCUGUUGAGGAGACCAUCAUCCUCCCUUUACCGGAAAUGACGAAACCUACCGAUCUUGCUGUCGAACCGCAACCGAUUCGGCGAGAAUUUAGCGGGCUUGCCGGAUCACCGGACGACCGAGCCGAGGCUGAGGCUGACAUUGCUCAUGCUCGUGAUAACGAUGAGCUCCAGAGGGAUCUGUUGGAUGAGCAGGAGGAUGAGAUCCCGAUGGACAUCGGAAUGAGCCCCGGUGGCCCGUUGACCCCAGACGUGGCGCAGACGCCGAUGAGCGAAACCUCAACCCUCUACCUACAACCUAUCGGACAACCGGAAGUCGAGCCGCUACGGCUGAAGCGGGGCCAACCACGCACCGAAUCGAUCGCCUCCAGCGGCCCAUCCGUCCUUGAUCUUGUUGCCGUCGACGGGAAACCAGAAGAGCCACUUCACCUCCAGAAAAUUCGCCCCACGACGGCCCUGGAAAAAGCGCGUGACGAUGAUAUUGCCAAGAUCUUCAAGCAGGUCGCUGCGUUUUGUAUGUCCCAACCCAAAACCCAGUCGAUCGUCGGCUCCGAGGCUUCAACGCUGUACCUACUCCCCCUUGGCGAUGACGAGGGCACGGAACCGCUUCGGCUGAAGAAGCUGCACCCCGACGGCACCGAGACGCUCGCCGAUACGCCCGGAGAUGUGCAGAAGAUGUUGAAGGACGUGGCGCUGUUUUGCAGGAACCAACCUCGCACCGGGUCAAUCUGCCUCUCCGAUGCCUCCUCCAUCCAUCUCCUCCCAAUUGGAGCACCAGCUGAUGAGGCGAUCACGAUCAAAAAGAUUCGCGACCCAUCGGCACCAAAAGCUCUGCCACCAGCACCGGAAGUUUUGAAAGAGGAAGAGGAGCGUGAUGUACUCAAGGAAAUUGCCGUGUUUUGUUGGGCCCAACCCCGCCGCGAUUCGAUCGGCGGCAGUUCAGUCUCCUCACUCUGCCUUAUGCCAAUCGGUGGCGGCGACAAAGUACAUCUGAAAAAGCUGCACCCAGAGGAGAGUCCAAUGCGCGAGCUGGCCAGCCCUGACGACGUUGGACGAAUCUUCCAGGGUAUUGCCGCCUGUUGCCUGGAUGCACCCCGUACCGAUUCGAUAGCUGUCAGUGAGGUUUCGUCGCUCUACCUGGCCCCGCUGAACGGAGAAUCAACGGAAGCGCUCCAUCUGAAGAAGCUGACCUCAGAACAGCUCGAAGAGUUGCAGCGACGUGCUGUGGAAAGUCCCGUAGUCGCAAAAAGGCUUCAAGAGCUGACCCGGGGUCCUGAGAGCGAGAAAAAGCGCAGCGAGUUUAUGAGAAUGUGCUUGGAUCAACCGGAAGUGGAGUCGCUGCUCCUCAGCGAAACCUCGACACUCCUCCUCCAACCGCUGGAAGAUCCUGAGGGCGAGCUUCUACGUCUCAAGAAAAUCCAUAACAAGCUCGCUCCCCGGCGUCCGGAUAUCAGGCCAUUUCAAAUGGACGAUAGUGUGCUAACCAUCGACACGACCCCGAUGAGCGAGGCCUCAACGCUCCUCUACACAAACGUCGGCCGUGAGCACGAAGAGGCCAACAUGCUCCGGCUGCGAAAAGUGCGAGAUGCUCUCGAAAAGCACAUCGAAGAGAAACGAAAAACUACCGAUAAAAAGAACCAGGACCCGAUGCUCCACAGCGAGACAUCCACGCUGAUGUUGGUGCCGAUUGAUGAUGAACAGGCAGAGCCGUUGAGGCUGAAGAAGAUCAGGAAUCUGAAAUCGGAGCCGGCGUUGAGGCAACAGGCCGAGGAGGCGAUGGACGAGGCCCAGGUCAUCUCGCCCUGCAGCAGCAAUGGCCCGUUGAGUACCGACAGCAAUCGGGAGAACGUCGAGCCGCUUGAGAAAAAGGAAUCGCAGCCGCCAGUGUUCCACGUGCCGGCCCCUCCAAAGGAACGGAUUAUGGUAGAGCACCGUGGGACCUCACCCCUCAAGAAACGAACCGAGACCCAGCAACAACCCAUCCCUGUUGAACAACCCCGAAAAUCAACCGGGAAGCUCCACCAAAGUGCCUCGAUGCGAGAGCCGCCCGUCGCCAAGCAGGAAGCCCCGAAGAAGGCCCCGCGAACGCCCCUCACCGCCCGCUCGCUGAAGAACUUCCUGCUCAAGAAGGACAAGCACAAGGUCAACAAGCCCCUGUCCACCUCCGUGACGAUGCCACUAUCCCCACGCCAAAACCUGCACCUACGUCUUCGCCAAGACGCGCCGUUGGCCGAGAGUGAAAGCACCGUCAUCGAAAAUUCGCCGCACGUCGAGCUGCCCCCGCUCGGCUUCAAGCAGUGGAGCCAGAGCCCUCGGGGGAGGAGAAGUGUCUAUGGGAUGGGCCCUAAUUGGGGCUCUCCCGGAAUCCAAUUCAUUUGGGUCCCGCACAGGGCCCGGCAAGUCGAAGUGCGCUCCACGCAAGAACCCGGGCUGAUCGACGACGAGAUUCGUGAUCAGCCUAUGCUCGUAGGCGACUCGUUCUCCACGUCGACCAGCUUGGACCAGAUCGCCGGGCUGGCGAUGGUCAGCAAUCUGAGUACCAUCUACUCGCCCGGCGGCAACCACAAGCAGAUCGAGGCCAGCCUUGCCGAGGUCGAGGCCAUGCGGGCCCAGCUGAUGGCCCUGCAAUCCGCCUUGGCCCAAACGCCCGAAUCCCCGCCCCAAAAUAAAGGCCAAAUCGGGUGCUGCGAGCUGGCCCGCGAAAACGACGUGCUCCGCCGGCAGCUCAGCGAAAAGGACCGCCUCAUCUCACAACUCCGCGAGCAGCUCGCCAUCACCAAGCUGACCCAU